AUGGCUCAAGGCGGCCCCCGCUGCCCAGCGGUGGGGAGCCGGGAGCAGCUGCGGGCGCCUCUCUGGGGCUUCUGGACAGCCCUGGGGAUGCUCUGCUCGCCCGUCUCCCAGGCAUUCAACCUGGACGUGGACAAACUCACUGUGUACAGCGGUCCUGAAGGCAGCUACUUCGGCUAUGCCGUGGACUUCCACAUACCUGACCAGCGAACAGUGAGUAUCUUGGUGGGGGCUCCCAAAGCCAACACUAGCCAGCCGGAUAUAGUGGAGGGUGGCGCUGUCUAUUACUGUCCCUGGCCCGCCACUGGGGAUGUUCACUGUAAGCAGAUCCCGUUCGACACUACUAACAAUAGAAAAAUUAGAGUCAAUGGAACCAAGGAACCUAUUGAGUUUAAAUCAAAUCAGUGGUUUGGUGCAACAGUGAAAGCUCAUAAAGGGAAAGUGGUGGCCUGCGCUCCUUUGUAUCACUGGAGAACUCUCAAAGCUACUCGGGAAAAGGAUCCUGUUGGCACCUGCUAUGUAGCAAUUCAGAAUUUCAGUGCCUAUGCAGAAUACUCUCCUUGUCGGAACAGCAAUGCUGAUCCUGAAGGUCAAGGUUACUGUCAAGCAGGCUUCAGUUUGGACUUUUACAAGAAUGGAGAUCUCAUAGUGGGAGGACCUGGCAGUUUUUACUGGCAAGGCCAGGUGAUUACAGCCAACAUUGCCGACAUCAUUGCCAAUUACUCAUUCAAAGAUAUCCUAAGAAAAUUGACUCGAGAAAAGCAAACCGAAGUCGCGCCAGCAUCCUAUGAUGACAGCUACCUUGGAUAUUCUGUUGCUGCCGGAGAAUUUACCGGAGAUUCUCAACAAGAAAUCCUGGCUGGUGUUCCACGAGGUGCACAGAAUUUUGGAUAUGUAUCAAUUAUUAAUUCGACAGAUAUGACUUUUAUUCAGAAUUUCACUGGGGAACAGAUGGCAUCUUAUUUUGGAUAUGCUCUUUCUGUAUCAGACAUCAACAAUGAUGGCCUGGAUGAUGUAUUAAUUGGAGCCCCCCUCUUCAUGGAGCGUGAAUUUGAGAGUAGCCCUAAAGAAGUGGGACAGGUUUACCUGUACUUGCAAGAAGGUCCUUUGCUCUUCAGAGAUGCCCAGGUCCUCUCAGGAAUCGAAGUGUUUGGCAGAUUUGGAAGUGCUAUUACCCAUUUGGGAGAUCUGAACCAAGAUGGAUACAAUGACAUUGCAGUUGGCGCGCCAUUUGCAGGAGAAGCUGGAAGAGGCAAAGUCUUCAUUUACAAUGGGAACGCAGAAGGGUUAAACCAGAAACCUUCCCAGAUUCUGAAUGGAGCCUGGGCCUCCCAGGCUGUGCCAUCGGGAUUCGGCUUCACUUUGAGAGGCGAUUCAGACAUAGACAAGAAUGAUUACCCAGAUUUAAUUGUGGGUGCCUUUGGAACUGGAAAAGUGGUUGUUUAUAGAGCAAGACCAGUCGUGACCGUGGACGCCCAGCUUCUGCUGCACCCCAUGAUUAUAAACCUUGAAAAUAAAACCUGCCAGAUCCCUGGCCUUGCCACGCUGGUGCCUUGCUUUACCUUGAGAGUGUGUGCAUCUGUAGAAGGUCAAAGCAUUUCAAAUACAGUAGCUCUGAUAGCUGAUGUACAGUUAGAUUCAUUGAAACAGAAGGGAGCCAUUAAGAGGACCCUCUUCAGGGAUAACCAUCAGUCACAGUUUGUCUUCCCUCUAGUAAUAUACCAGCAUCAAUCACUCCAAUGCCAAGACUUCAUUAUUUACCUUCGAGAUGAAACUGAAUUCCGAGAUAAAUUAUCUCCAAUCAACAUUAGCUUGAAUUACAGUUUAGAUGAAUCCACUUUUGAGGAAGGCCUUGCUGUCAAACCAAUACUGAACUUUUACAGGGAGAGCAUUGUUAAUGAGCAGGCUCACAUCCUGGUGGACUGUGGAGAUGACAAUAUGUGCAUUCCUGACUUGAAACUUUCAGCUGUACCAGACAAGCAGCAGCUGAUCAUUGGAGACGAAAACCACCUAAUGCUUAUCAUAAAUGCAAGGAAUGGAGGGGAAGGAGCCUAUGAAGCUGAGCUCUUUGUGCUGAUACCCGAGGAAGCAGAUUACGUUGGUAUUGAACGCAACAACAAGGCUCUGCAUCCACUGAGCUGUGAGUACAAGAUGGACAAUGUAACCAGAAUGGUGGUGUGUGACCUGGGGAACCCUAUGGUGGCUGGAACAAAUUAUUCACUAGGCCUCCGAUUUGCCGUUCCACGUCUUAAAAAUACCAAUACAAGCAUUGACUUUGAUCUCCAAAUCAGAAGUUCCAAUAAGGAUAAUCCAGACAGCAAUUCUGUGAGCUUGAAAAUCAACGUCACUGCUGUGGCCCAAGUAGAGAUAAGAGGGAACUACUUCCACUAUGGACCAGAGUCUUUCAAUGACUUCAGAUCUGAUAGUGAUGAUGAGUUGUCAUGGCCAAAACGAAUUUCAUCUGUUGGGUCACUUUCUGAUGAUGAUCCAGUUCCUGCAGCCUCCCAGGAGGACACCCCUGCCCUCAGUGCUUUUCUGCGUAAUUCUAGCAUUCCUCAUCUUGUCAGGAAGAGACAUGUCCCAGUGGUGGAGCUUCACAGACAAAGUCCUGCAAAAAUACUGAACUGCACAAACAUUGAAUGCUUGCAAAUCUCUUGUGUGGUCGGACGAUUGGAAGGAGGUGAGAGUGCAGUCCUGAAAGUCAGAUCACGCUUAUGGGCCCAAACUUUUCUCCAGAGAAAAAAUGAUCCCUAUUCUCUUGCUUCCAUUGUGUCCUUUGAAGUGAAGAAGAUGCCAUAUAAUGAACAGCCAGCACAGCUUCCUAAAGGAAAUGUAGCUAUUAGAACGUCAGUCAUCUGGGCAACUCCAAAUGUCUCCUUCUCAAUCCCAUUAUGGGUUAUCAUAUUGGCCAUACUUCUUGGGUUGUUGGUCCUCACCCUUCUGACUUUAGCUUUAUGGAAGUGUGGAUUCUUUGACCGAGCAAGACCUCCCCAGGAUGAUAUGGCUGACAGAGAGCAAUUAACAAAUGACAAGGUUCCUGAUGCAUGAGAAAAAAACAAAACAAAACAAAACAUAAACAAAAUACCAACCUAUUUCAAAAGAAAGAGACUGAAGCCAGCCGCCAUGGAACCAGUGGGCACCAUGUUGAUGCCAUUCAAAAAUUCUCCAGUACUUUGGGAGCUUGCCAUGUGAUGAACAUCAUCCUUUGGGGAAAGGACCUUCAGUAAAACAGACCCUUCAGUGGGGAGAAUUUUGUUAUUUUUGUUUUGUUCCCAUUGGCCUAGAUUUGUUAGAUACUUAGGACUGUGUGUGAUGGCUUGACUUGCUUUCUAGAUAAACCGAACUUAAGUUACAAGGAUGAAAUUCCUGAGUUGCUGUAGAAUCUAGAAGGGGAACUAGGACACAACCCUUCGAACACUACUGUAUAAAGCAGAAUAUUUGACACCUCCCUAUGGAAAGGAAACAUUGCUUCUGAAACUAUGGCUCAGGGAGACACGCAAUAUAUUGUUGGUACUGUGAAAGUACUUUUUAAAGCUACAAAGAUAAACUUGUAAGCGGGGAUAGUGAGUUAUUUAUUUUUUUUCCACUUCUGUAGUUCAAUAUCUGGAACACUGAAGGACCCAGAUAUUAGGGGGUCAUUGCCCAUUUUUGAAAUUUAUUUACUCAGUUCACAAAAAAGAAAAGUAUAUUGUGCUAAGACAUCAUUUCACAAAAAUACUUCCCGAGAGAAGAAGCAGAAUGUAUACAGUACUCUAGAGAGAAGACAAUCGGUUGUAAGAGAAUCUGUAAUCAUGUGCACAUACACUGUACCUUC